AUGUCUGUUUUGAAUGAAACUGUCGAAUCAAUUAAAAAAUUUGAGGGAAGACCAGGGGAAACUGAAAAUUUUCUUCAAAUUGCUGUUGGAUAUGGUGCACCAACACAUUUGUUUAUUGCUUCGCAACCUUUUUUGAUUUCUAUUGGAAAUACUAUGAGCUGGAGCAAAUGGACUCAAACGGAAACACUUUGA